CAAAUCACAAUCGAUUCCUUCACUCACAAGAACGACGAUAUCAAAUCAAACACCAUAAAAUAACUCUUCUUCCCCAUUUUUUCUCAAUCACCGCCAUAGCUACAUCUCUCUGACCUGCUGGACCUCAUCUCUAAUCAUCCGCACUGUUUCUCACAGUUUGUUGAGGAUAAUUUGAUUUGGCAUUUGGCAUUUGGAGGAUUUGAUCUGAAUUGGCAAGAUGGUUGGCUUUGAGAUGGAUGACUGGAAAAAGAUUGGGCUCGGAUUGACCGGAUUUGGUGUCUUCUUCUCAUUUCUGGGAAUCAUUUUCUUCUUCGACAAGGGACUACUCGCCAUCGGAAAUAUCUUAUUCAUCUCGGGAGUGAUUAUGACAAUCGGUGUCAAGUCCUCUUUGCAGUUCUUCAUGAGACGCAACAACUUUAAGGGUACCAUUUCCUUUUGUAUUGGCUUCUUCUUUGUGAUAAUCGGAUGGCCUGUAAUUGGAAUGGCUGCAGAGGCUUAUGGUUUCAUCAUACUUUUCAGCGGUUUUUGGCCCACACUUUCAGUUUUUGUGCAGAAGAUACCGGUUAUCGGUUGGGUGUUUCAACAACCUUUUAUUAGAUCGUUCUUGGACCGUUACCGCAGCAAAAGGGCACCUGUAUGAAAUUGAAUUUGCAGUUGGACAAAAUUGUUGCAAAAUUGUAUGAAAUUAAAUUGAGGUUUUGAAUGUUUGGUGUUGGUUUUAUUUUUUUCUCAGUUUGUUAAAUAUUAGAAAUCAUAGUGUAAAGAUCUCAAUGGACUUGGGUUUUUGGUCAUAAAUUUGGUAUUCUGAUACGUUA